UCUUCCCAGUGAGAAGCAGCCCUUCAACUGUUUUCAGUCGCUGUUGUGGCUGCGAAGAAGAGUGGUCAGGCUGUGUGUUUGGUUCACCGUGAUUCACCCCGAGGCUUAGCGGGACCGCUUCAAAUUGACCGACUAACUGAACCAGCCCCCAGGGGCAUCUGUGAAGAAACUCCAAGUCUGUACCAGCGCAGUUAAUCCCGCAGCGGUGCUGAAGCAGCUGCAGGCGGUAAAAAGCAGAAGAUCGAGCGGAGUGCAGACUGUGGUGAAGGUGGACGGGAUGUCGACCCAGCUGUUUGUUUCUUUGUGAAAGAUCUGAGGAGGUUGUGACCAUGCGCUGCCUGGCUGCACGGGUGAACUACAAGACGCUCAUAGUUAUAUGCGCCCUCUUUACACUCAUAACGGUGCUGCUAUGGAACCGCUGCUCCAGUGACAUCUCCAUCCGUUUCCUUCCCCGGGCCGCCUUUGUGGUUCCAAGUGCAAAGAUCAGCAGCAGCCAGCAGCAACCUCCGCAACCCCCCGAGCCUCCACCUGUUGUUGGCGUUGUUGGUGGGAUCAAAUAUGAAGAAAUUGACUGCCUCAUCAACGAUGAGUCCACUAUCAAAGGCAGAAGAGAGGGAGGGGAGAUCUACCUGCCCUACAGUUGGGUGGAAAAAUACUUUGAAGUGUACGGCAAAGUGGUGCAAUAUGAUGGCUAUGAUCGCUUCGAGUUCCAGCACAGCUACUCCAAGGUCUACGCCCAGCGUGAGCCCUACCACCCCGAAGGAGUCUUCAUGUCCUUUGAGGGAUACAAUGUGGAAGUUCGCGAUCGUGUUAAAUGCAUCAGUGGAGUUGAGGGCGUGCCUCUCUCCACCCAAUGGGGCCCUCAGGGUUACUUCUAUGCCAUCCAGAUCGCCCAGUACGGUUUGAGCCAUUACAGCAAAAACCUGACUGAGCGCGCUCCCCACGUCGAGGUUUACGACACAGCCGAGGAGAAAGACAGCAGGGUCAGCACCGCGUCCUGGAGUGUGCCGAAAGGUUGCAGCCUGAGUCGUGUCCAUGACAAGACCAGAUCUACCUCCGUGCGUUCGUUCAGCACUGCAGACUCCUCAGAGGGCGUAUCCCUGCAGCUGGGCAACUCGAAAGACUUCAUCCUCAGCUUGGACUUAAGGUUCUCCUCCAACGGCAGUGUGUCGGUGGUCCUAGAAACCACAGAGAAGGGGCCUCCCUUCACCAUCCAUUACGUUACCAACACGCAGCUCAUCGCCUUCAAAGAGCGCGACGUCACCUACGGCAUCGGGCCUCGAUCCUCCUGGAGCACGUUGACCAGAGACCUGCUGACCGACCUCAGGAAGGGAGUCGGGUUGUCGAACACGAAGGCUGUCAAAGCCACAAAGAUCAUGCCCAGACGGGUGGUGCGGCUAGUCCUGCAUGGACAUGGCUUUGUUGACAACGUCACCAUCUCCACCACUGCCCACAUGGCCGCCUUCUUCGCCGCCAGCGACUGGCUGGUGCGCAACCAGGACGAGCGAGGGGGAUGGCCCAUCAUGGUCACCCGAAAACUGGGCGAGGGCUUCCGGCCCCUGGAGCCCGGCUGGUACUCGGCCAUGGCCCAGGGCCAGGCUAUGUCCACCCUGGUGAGAGCCUACCUCCUCACCAAGACCCAGGCUUACCUCAACGCUGCCCUCAAGGCGGUGGGACCGUACAAGGUGCCUUCAGCGCAGCACGGGGUCAAAGCGGUGUUCAUGAACAAGUAUGACUGGUAUGAGGAAUACCCCACCACGCCCAGCUCGUUUGUGCUCAACGGCUUCAUCUACUCCCUGCUGGGACUUUAUGACGUUGCUGACACAGCGGGAGAGAUCCUGGGCAGAGAGGCGGGGCAGCUGUUCAGCCGUGGCAUGGAGUCCCUCAAGGCCAUGCUGCCCCUCUUCGACACGGGGUCCGGGAGCAUCUACGACCUGCGUCACUUCAUGCUGGGCACGGCGCCCAACCUGGCCCGAUGGGACUAUCAUACCACACACAUUAACCAGCUGCAGCUGCUGGCAUCCAUAGAAAACGCUCCCAUCUUCAGGGAUGUGGUGAAGCGCUGGAAGAACUACUUAAAAGGGAUUCGUGCCAAGCACAACUAGUCGAACUCAGCAGAUUUUACCACUGAGUUUAGAAGAGAAUCAAUGUUUAGGCUGUAAGAUCAAAGCAGAAGAUUUUAUAGAGAAACGUGUGUGUGAUGGUGUGCGGGUGUGCGUGUGCAUGCGUGAGUCACUCCUGGUUAACAGCCAGAAAGAUGAGUUGCGAUACUUUAACUUUGUGCGCACUGUUGCGGGUUUGACAUUUGCUGCUACGUUGACUGUAGCUCAAAGUUUGCGUCCCUGGAGCUAGUGUUUGUAAUUAUACACAGACCUAGCUUCAGCGUGUGAGUGUUUGCAUUCAUAAAGAAUGAUUGUGUGUUUUGUUAAAAAAAAAAAAAAAUCUACAUAGAAAAAAAAAUACACAUUGGAACAUUUUUGACUUUCUUUAAUGCAUCAAGAUUUCUCUUAUACGUUUUCUACUUCUAAUCAGAUUUCAGAGGUUUACUGAAGUAAGCUGUGAAAAUCGGAGGGCGUAUAAAUGUUGCCAAGAGAAGUUAAUAUUAUCAAAAGAUAGUUUAACAGUUUAUAUUUUUCCAGUGUGUGCUCAUUGAUCAUUUUAGUUACAUUUCGCAGAUAUAAUGACAAUGAAGGAUUAUCUCAGUUUUUUUUCCUCCUUUCUCAUUUUUUCAUCUGUUAGUUUGUCUAAAAAUAUUCAAUAGAUGUCUAACAAGCUGUUUGAAGUCAGCUCUGAAGGAUAAGUAAUGGAAGUAGCAGAAGUGUAUCUGAGAUAAAACCCAUCAAGCUUUAAUCUUUAACAGUUGUGAACGCUGUUGCUACCAACAAACUCCUCUUAGCUGCUUUGCUGUGUUUUUAAUAGGACACUAAAACAGGAAACCAGGCCAGGCAAAAGAAAAACCUGCUUCUCUUUGGGUUCACCUUGGAAAGUUGACGUGUCGUCUGUGAGACCUCUUCUGAACCGGCAUGAGCGCCACGGUGAUUGCAGCUAAUCACAGGUCAGGAAAAGAAAAAUUAGCAAAAGAAACAUUGGCCGUCCUUUGCAGCAUCCUCCACAUUUAUUGGCACCCCGACUAAAAAUGUUUCAUUGCAGCUUCAGUACUUUUAAACCAUAGAAAUUUACGAGUUUUAUACGCGUCUUACUUGAAUGGCGUGCUCUUUUCUUUCCUAUUUUGAAGACUGGCAAAGAGAAAUGUCUAUUCCUGUACACUGAUCAAUACACCUGAAGUACACAUGAAAAAAGUUAGUUAAAUUUUUCUUCCUUUUUUAGAGACUCCAAUCAUUAAUAUGAUUUUCAAAACUUCAGUGUGUGAUUACGGUAUUGCAAUAAAAAAUGGAUUUAUUUUAUUCUUUUAUUUUUACUUAGGGGUGCCUACAAACAUGGAGAGUUAAGUUUAUGACUCAGGAAAAGAACAGAUCAAAGCUAACCUUUCUUAAAGACGUGUUGGCAACACGACUGCGACUGGAAAUAGUUGUUGCCUCACUUAUCAAUGCUUUUGUUUGCCGAGUUCUAAAAAAAAUUUCACUAGAUCACUCCUAAUUUAGCGGUCUAACAAUUAAACCAUUGUUGUUCAUUUUCCUUGCGAACGUUUCCAUCUUAAAAGCCUUUCUUCCGUCGCACUCUAGCCCUGAUUAUUCCCAGAAACAAGUGUGGGCGGUGUCGACGCGCGUGGAGGUAGACGGAUGUGGGCAGCGGAGCCGCAGCUGUCACGUCGGUUCAAAGCGUUUAGAUCCAGACAAUGCCAGCAGCAGCUGGAGAUAAAUUCUCAAACACGGAUGCUGCCGGUCCCCGCAGACUCCUGUGGCUCCCUCUCACCUCCUCUAAGAGCGUGAACCCAACCGUUUUUAAUCCGAGCCACGCGGAGGACGCUCACAACUCACCCGGCUAAUAGGGUGGAGAGGCCGCUCGCGGUUCCAGUCGCUGGCUGCGGAUGAGUCAGUGCCCUCUCCAAACAAAGUGGAGCUCCUCCUCGGCAUCAAUGGAGCUCUGAUCGAUCUGCUUUAUAGAUUAACACCGGGAGAUUCGGGGUGAUUCAUCCUUUCGGGGGAGCUGGUGGGGAUUUUCAUUUAGAAAAAUUGUGUAAUCGGAGAUCAGAUCGUAUUCCCACACAGUCGGCUUUCAAGUUUUAAUGCUCGCUAAGCGGACAAAAUCGAAGGACCCAGUGAUUUAUUUUGAUGCAGUGUUGGAUUGAGUUAAUCCUUUUAAAGCCGAGACAUCUCAUUCUGUUUGGUUGAUCCUGGAAAUGGAACCUUUUACUCACUCUGUGUUUUUGCGUGUUUCUUCUAUAUUACAAAGUUUAUUACUUUCUUUAAAAACCAAGAAGCAUAUGAGCCAUCUUUUCUCCAUUUUGCUCCUAGACAGUAUUCACCUAAUUGACACACGAGCAAAAAUACAUCUUCGAAAAAGGAACAUUCAUAACUGGAAAUUUUGUGUUUUGAUACAAAUUUCUGUUAUUUUAUACCAAAGUCACUUAGUGGGUAAGUUUAUUUGUAUAUAUUUAAACAAACUGACUUCCAUUCAGCAUUUGGCGUUAGGUUUCCGCAGACACAUUAUGGAGAAACACUGCCUUUCGAUUUUAGGUGUAGACUGAGCAGAUUAUAGUAAAGGAAAAAUAAAUUAAAAAAGACCAGCUCAUGUUAAGCUUGCUUAUAAGGAAAAAGGAGAUUUGUGCAGCCAGUGGUUAGUUUAGUCUGCUUCUGAUUUAGAGGGAAACGAACAGAGAGCUGCAAGCGUCUUCUUUUCCAGGAUCUGUCGGGUUCAGAAGCUGCGGGUUAAGUUCGUUUUGGUUAAUAAAAGCACAACUGCAGGUUAUCGUCAACUGAUUAGUUGCAUUUCUUCUUGAGUUUUUUUUUUUCUUGCUUUAGGAUAAUGUGCAACAGCUUUGCUAAGCUGCUGUUGUUGUUCACUGUGUAAAAAUGGGUAUGGGAACUUGUUUUCUUCUCACUUCAGUAGAAUCUCUGAUUUAACAGAAAUCUUCAACAAAACGACCUUUUGAGGUCAGUGUGAUUUAUGCAAUAAGAUGUUUACUGGGACUGGUGACUCCACCACAGACCCAGAGUGGUUGUUUAGAGUUUGCAAUUUAAGCACAAUGUGCAAAUGCUCCCAUUUUUUUAGUCCAAGUAAGAGGUGUUUAUAUACAGAGUAAAUCUUUGUGCUUUAAAACUUUGCUUUCUAAAAGUGUAAGAAAAAUAAAUAAAUAAUAAAAUCAUUUUUCUUAAA